AUGCAGAGGCGGUUCAGGCAAGUUUGCACUUCUUUAAAAGAACGCAGCUUCAUGAGCUAUGCAAAGUUUGCUGCAGUGAGUGGCUUCUCUGACAUGAACAUCAUCAUCAUAAAAGCAACAGCCCCAGAUGACGUACCUCUGCAAGAAAAGUACAUACAGCAGCUUUUGAAACUCUUUUCCAUUUCUCCGACUACCUGCCACUCCUUCGCAGUCAGCUUCACUCGUCGAUUUGGAACCACUCGUAGCUGGCGUGUUGCACUCAAAUGUCUUAUUCUUCUUCACCGUUUGCUUCGUUCUGUCCCGGGAAAAAGCACCCUCUGGAAUGAACUCUUGUGGACACGUUCCAAUGCCUUGAUUUCUCUCCACCCUUGCCAUUUCAGGGAUGAAUCUUCCUCUUGUCCGGUUUCCUUCACAAACUUUGUCACAUCCUACGCACACCUUCUGGAUGAAGCCCUUAACUGCGUUGCUUUUGAUGACAACACAAUCGAAGGACAGGAAGUAGAUGAGAAAGAGGAACCUACGGCUGCAACUGAAAGUUUUCAAGAGAAAAUGAAGGGACUGGGAGAAAUGCUUGAAAUAUUGCCACAAUUACAAAGCCUUAUAGAUAGGGUGAUGCAAUGUUAUCCAGUAGGGGUUGCAUCACGAAGUUUUAUUGUGCAGUGUGCCAUGAAACUCAUACUUCGUGACAGCUUCGUUUGUUACACAAAAUUCAGAAGAGAAAUAGUUGGGGUUUUGGACAAUCUGCUUGAGAUGCCGUAUAGAAACUGCAUAGCCGCUUUCAAUAUAUACAAGAAAGCUGCAGUUCAAACUAAUGAACUUUACGAGUUUUAUGAGUGGUGCAAGGUAAAGGGUAUGUGUGGACAGUACGAGUAUCCUUCGGUGGAGCCAAUUCCAUACAUACAAAUCAAGGCUUUGGAAAGUUUUCUGAGUGGAAUGUGGCAGUUAACGGAGUCUUCGUCCCCAAUAACUAGCCAUUCAUCAUCUUCUGCGGCAUCUCCGGAUUUCACUGAAAGACAAGUAGUGACGAGAAGAGAUACUGAUGACAUCAAAGGAAAAGUGAUUGAGGCUGAAGAAGAGAAGCCUUUGAUUGAACCAGACAGAGAAGACGACGAGAACCUUAGCUGGGAGACAAUUUUGGAAUCCUCUGUUAGUUUUAGCCAUGCUUAUCAGAGGGACCUAUGCAGCUCCUUCUAUCAGCUGGGAUGGGAAGGAGGAUAUGGCAUCGAGCAACAUAGCUUUAAUGCGAAGAAAGAACACAAGCACGAGCAUGCAUACGACACAAUGAAUAUCGCCGUUCACAAGUCUCCUACAGCUACUCACAACCCAUUCUCCGAACCAUAUUGCUGUUCCCCUCAAGUUUAA